AUGGGGUUUCGGCCCCUACGAGCGCAGAGAGGAGCGGGGAAUGUAAUACUUCUGAUAGCUCUCCAUACUACCUUUACUCCUCAGGGGAAACGGUCUGAUCUUUUCAUUGAUUUUCCCUCCGUUGAUUUGAAUUUCGUUCAAUCGUGUUCAUCUUUCUUUGUUUAAUUAUCAGUGCAAUUCGUAGAUAAGCAGUAUAAUAUUGGGUUCCGGUUCCCUCUCUCUCUCUCUCUCUGGUACGCGCUAGCCUUCUCUCUAGAUUUCUCUGCAUAUCAAGCUAAACGUCUAUCAGCUACACACCCGCUUGUUUGAUUGAUAGCUCUCUGAGAGGUUGAAGCUACAAAUAAUCGCAGAUAUUCUACUUCACCUCUUCUCUCCGUCUCAUGACACCGAGCUUCGCUCUGUUCCCCUUAUUGGCUGGUUGACUGCGAUCCUCGAUUCAUGUUUUUGAACGGCAGCCUCGCUGAUAUUUGCUCGAUUUCAGUUGUCGAAAUAACUUGAAAACUGGAUUCAUAAUUUAUGUUCUUCCUUCUUCUGUUCUUUUGUUCCUUUUUUUUAUAUAAGAAAAAAAAAACACUUUUUGCAGAAUGUGAACGAAGAUAUGGAUGAAACACUCGACGAAUUACUCGACAACUACGGAAAGGUUGUGUACAGAAGGGGUGACACAACGCCAAUCGCAGAAGUCAACGAUGACGCCGAGAGCCUAUCGUGUAAGUUUAUCUCAGCCUACCCUCAUUGGAUCUUGAAGCGGAGACAGCAACUGAUUUCUAGCAGAACCCGGAUAUGACGAGCAGAUUUGAUUCUGAUUUCUGCUGGAUUUCAUCUCUCUUUUAGCAAGUUCUUCCCGGGGCCACGAGCGUCUCGAUGUUCUUCCCCAAUUCCCUCUGAGUUGACGCUGGGCCUGUCUUGCUCUUUUUGACGAUUAGCACAGUCUCUGUCUCUUCCGUUCUUGAAAAAGGUGCAAUUUUUGUGUAGAGCCCUCGCCUUCUCUCAGUUCUGGUCGGAACCCAGUGGGUGAAGCCACCUACUCGUCCUGCGUUAUUACCUUUCCCUGAUCGGGGAAGCCAUUGAUUGAGCGCGGUGUUCCUCUAUUGAUUGAAUCUUCGUAGAAGCGGCAUCUCAAACCUGUCGAUUUCUUAUGAUGAUCUUCUCUAGAAUGGGGGGGGGGUUGAUUUUUAUUGAUCUAAUUCAUUUGCUGUCGCCAUUGAUUGGGCAGUCGCCAUUGCUCUGGCCAAGGUGGCGAAUGACGUGAAGGCCGGGGACAUCCGGGUUCUGUUCGUGAAGCCUCUUGUCUACUGGACCCGGUUCUUUAUCAUCGCCACGGCCUUUUCUCGCCCUCAGAUCGACGCCAUCGGGUACAUGCUCCCCCCCCUCCCCCCCCCGCCCCUACCCUUUUCUUUGGCUAUAAAUGUGGCCUUGAUAGCAGCAGAAAUGGUCGCAGGUGCAGCUCAGAUUCAUAGUAGCUUCUGCUGAGUGUUUCUGUCGUCCGCCUGCUAAUUUUCAGGUCGAGAAUCAGAGACCUGGCAGAGCAGCAGUUCAAGAGAGUGCCGACUGGAGACAGCAAGCCCAACUCCUGGACGCUGCUGGAUUUCGGCAAGUCCCCAGAUGAACCCAUCUCCAUCUCCAUCCUGCUUCAUCUCCGUUGAUAUGCUGCUUUGAUUCCGUUGAUAUGGGCAUCAGUCUGUCCAUCAAUCUGAAUAUAUGCGUGGAUCUUUCAAAGGGGGAUACCCUGAUCGGAGGUGGUGAUCGCAGGUGAUGUGGUGGUGCACAUAUUUCUCCCCCAGCAGAGGGCUUUCUACAACCUGGAGGAGUUCUACGGCAACGCCACGGCCAUCGACGUCCCCUUCGAUCAGCCGCCGCCCUUCCGCCAAUGA